GUGAAAACCGCAAUCAAUCUUGGAAGAUUAGAAGCAAAAAUACGUCGCAUAUUCAUUACAAUGUAGAAUCGAGACUUUCUUAGCUACGUUCAAAUUAACGUAUAUAGUUGUGAGUUAACUGUGUUGAAGAAACCAUGUCGCUCCGCAAAACGUAUCAGAUUAACAAUCGGGAGCAGGGCAAGGCCGCUCAACGGGAUCAGUCGUACAGAAGCUGCCUCAUCACCCUACUCAUCUUCUUCUUCAUAUGCCUUAUCCUUAUCCUCGCCUGCGUACCCUGGAAGAUGCGGAAUCAAAAAGAAUACAAGGAUCGAUAUAUUGAACACGAGCCACAGCAUCAUCAUCAAGAACGCACAAAGGAAGCAACAAUCAUGACAGAUUCAUCAACAACUCAAAGAACUUCAACGACAGAAAGGGCAGUUCUUUCAAGAACUCUGAAACCUCCAAAAACAGUAAUUUCAACAAUUACAUCCACACACAGUACACCGAUCAUAGACAAUAACAGAACCAAUAGACCAAUAGAAGAUAACGAUGCCAUUACUAUAGAUUAUUCUAAGGAUAAUAUUCUAAGAAAUGUUAAAGGCUCUCGUUAUUUCGAGCGUUACUUCGAAAAGAGCGUAGAUGAAAUAACAUCGUCUGCUCCUAUAGCUCAAGAAGAUACUGAGGACUACAUCACGAAGGAAAUCCUAAAAGAUAUAGAAACUACAGAAGAAAGCAUCGACUUGUCUACAUUGCCGCAUGAUCGGCAUGAUAUUGUGACUGAUGAUGUUAUCGUUAAAGAAGCAGCUUUAACAUCGCCGAGUAGACCAACCAUCAGCACCACUACGUUAAAAUACGUUACGAUUGUUGAUAUUAUAAAAGAUGUGGUGACUUCAAAAUUCGUUAAGAAUUCUACGAGCGAUUCUACUGAUGAAUAUUACAAUUUGAAUAAAUCAGAAGUUGACAUUGUAACUAAUAAUAUUAUAACUCCAACAUUGUCAGCUCGGUCAAAUGGUCUCGAAGACAACGCUUCCGAGAAUUUUACUAAAAAAUAUGAGAGAUUAAGGAUCGGUAUUGAUGAUAUUACAUUUUCAACAGUGCCGAGUUUUCAUCAGAUUGAUCUUAAAGAAAACGCAAGUGCUAAAUAUCCCUCCAAUAAGAAUAAUUCUGAGGAUUCACAAUUCGAGGUAACGAGUGAUAUUAUUUCAACGUUGCCAACUCAAUCAGACCCUGAAGAAGAUAGAGAUACUGAAAAUUCUACAACAAAACAUUUAAAUUAUGAAGAAUCUACAGUCACGGAGUACAAUGCGACGUUAAUUAAUGAGAUCGUAACGAGAGAGAGUUCUUCUUCCACAAUAAAUUAUACUCCACUUAUGGAUGAGAAGUUUUCAUCAACAACAACGGAAGUUAAAAAUGAAGCUGAAAACGUAAUGAAUGAAACGACUAUGAACGAAGAGAAUUAUACUACCGAGAAAUACAACGUGACUUCUGAUGAAAUGGAGAAAUACAGCAUACCUUCCAUGUCCAAUUAUACGAACGCAACUGCUACUUCUAGUUCUUACAACCAUACAACCAGCACAACCGUUUCAAUAAGUUACAAUGAAAAAAAUCCCUCGACUACGACAAGGACCACAAGGGCGACAAGGACCACAUUUCCUGAUAAGAAUACGAGCGUUUGCGAGACAGGACACUGCAAGCAUGUCGCCAGCAAGAUAUUGUCCUACAUGAAUCACUUGGCAGAUCCUUGCGACGAUUUCUACGAGUAUGCCUGCGGUGGUUUUGAAGCAAAUCCACAGUUGACGGACGGAGAUCUAGUUCGGAGAUCUAAGAAUUACCAACGAAUCGCCGAUCAGAUGUUAAAAGAGAAGCAUGAGAACGUGCAUUCGACUUUUGCAACAUAUUACAACAGCUGCGUGCAAUACGAAAGAAAUAUGAUGUUUAGUGAAAGAGCAAGAAUGGCUAAUGACGCGUUAAAAAAAAUAGGACAGUUCUAUAUACCUGCCACGUGGUCUGAUCAUUACACGAACUUCACCAAAUUAUUCGCUCAAUUAAUGUUACACCAUAGCGCUCUUUUAUUUGACGUCGUGCCAGAAUUGGACGAAUAUCGUCCAAAGAUUUUCACGUUGAAGAUAGGUCCUACCACAUACGAGAGUCCUUUCAAAGCGGAAUAUACGGAAGAUCCGUGUUCUGAGGACAAAUUCGAGAUGAAAGGACAAUAUGUGGAUCUCGAAAUUUUGUACAAUAAUUAUAAAAGCUGCAAGAACGAUACGAGUGGGUUUAUGAGAUCUAUCAGGAAAGCGCUAACAGAGCUUAACGUUUUUAAAGGCUUAAAUGCCAGCUAUUCAGAACAGAAUGAAUCAGAGUACAUAGAAAAAACCGUUGACGUGAUUGAUUCUAUUAUAAUGCAAGAGUACUUUUCGAACUUUCCGUCUAAAAGUGAAAUACGGGAAGCAUACUUGAUGAACAAUUAUAGCAAAGUCAGUUUAGAGGAAUUGCAGAGCAACAGUAAUCUCGUAAAUUGGGCGCAAUUAAUUCCCUCGUUAACAGGACUGGACAUGAACACUAGCGAGAGUAUUCAAGUUUAUUUCUAUACCGCGUUGACUAAAGGUUUACGUAGAUUAGAAGUAUACGCUAAAAAGGAUCCUAUGGGUCUUAACAAUGCGAUAAUGGGAUUGUAUGCGCACAGACUUUAUCGUGAGCUGGUCUUGCCGAAGCGCGAUAAUGUGAAGGAUCAUUGUUUGCAUGUGGCUACCUAUCUUCUGAAGUUGGAAGCGUCCAGUUUAUAUAUAUCAUCUUUUGCCGAUCACGAAAUAGGGCAAAUGAAUAGUAUGAUAGAAAAAAUAUUCAACGAGUUGAAACAAACGUUAUCAAUAAAAAUGCAAGAAGCGCAAUGGGCGAAAGAGAAAGGACGAGAAGAAUUGUUAAAAAAGAUCAACAGUCUGGAGCUCGCACUACCAGUUGUUUCCUAUUUCAAGAACAGAGACUUACUAUAUAGCGAGUAUAAUGUAUCAGAGAUAACCCUGUACGAUUAUUUUAACACUUCGAUGAUUCUGCUGAAAAGAUACAGAACUCUAAUGUACGCCGAAUUGAGAAGACAAGUUGGUGACCCAAAACAAAUUUGGACAUACUAUGCCACGCCUUUCCAGUCCAAGGCCCGAGUGAUCUAUCCCCUAAACCUUAUCGUGAUUCCUUACGGUAUCAUCGAUUGGUCCUUAAUAAACGAUGAAUCAUCUUUUGACUAUCUUCUGCUGGCAACGCUUGGGAAUUUAAUAGCUCACCAAAUCGCCCAUCAUUUUGACACAAAUGGUAUACACUAUUGGGACCAAAGUAGGAAUACUCAGAAUUCCCUGAUGUUUGGAAACACUCUCACAAACACUCAUUUCGACGAUUACAUCAACUGUCAAAAGGAGAACCUGUACCAAGAACCAAUGAACAUGACGUUACCCUUCACUGACCAAACCGUAUCCUUUAGGAUCCCGCGGUUGACCUUGAACGAGCGGUUGUCUGAAAUUAUGGGACUCAGACUAGCCUAUGAUACUUUGGCUCUUACGAAGUCAGAUGCGAAGAGACUACCAUGGAUACAACUCCGCAUCGACCAAUUAUUCUACCUCGCCUACGCUCAGACGUAUUGCACGAAGAUGCCACUCGCGUCGUCGUACGUCUCCCUGUAUGAGAGCGAGGACCUACCGAGUCGGAUCCGCGUAUUCGUCUCGGCGUCGAACGACAAGCUCCUUGCUGAGGCAUGGAACUGCCCACUUGGCUCGCAGAUCGCGCCCAACGACGUUUGCAGCGUGUUCCCGUACAUAGAGAUCAAGGAGACUGCGAUGAUCCCAGAGUGAGGGCCGUUCGCGGAAAAUAGGACUGAACGAGCACCCGCGGACGUCGCGAUCUAGCAAAUGAGCCAAU